AUGGCCGGCGUCCAAGAAGCAUCCCAUGGCGACGUCCGGCGACAGCACGCGCGCCGGGUGCUAGUGUUCCCACUGCCGUUCCAGGGCCACAUCAACCCGAUGCUGCAGCUCGCCGACGUGCUCCACGGCCGAGGCCUCGCCGUCACCGUCCUCCACACCCAGUUCAACGCGCUGGACCCCGCGCUCCACCCCGAGUUCACCUUCGUCGCCGUGCCCGACGGCGUCCCCGCCGACCUCGCCGCCUCGGGGAGCAUCAUCCCCAUCAUCCUCGCCAUGAACGCCGCCAUGGAGGCGUCGGCGGCCGUCCACGAUGUGCUCGCGUCGGUCCUCGCGGACGACGGUCAGCCCCCCGCCGCGUGCCUGUUCAUCGACGCCAACCUACUCGCCGUCCAUAAGGCCGCCUCGGCGCUCGGGCUCCCGACGAUGGUGCUGCGUACCGGCAGCGCCGCCUGCUUCAGCUGCUUCCUAGCCUAUCCCAUGCUCCACCACAACGGUUAUCUACCUCCAAAAGAAUCACAGCUCUACACGCCGGUGAAAGAGCUGCCGCCGUUGCGUGUCAGGGACCUAUUCGUCACGAGCAGCAGCGACCACGAAAUGGUGCGCAAGGUUCUAGCCCGAGCCUCUGAAACCGUGAGGAACUCCUCUGGCCUCGUCGUCAACACGUUCGACGCUCUGGAGACCGCCGAGCUAGACAGGAUACGCCGCCAAGUAGACGUGGCCUUCGUGCUCGCCGCCGGCCCGCUCCACAAGCUCUCCCCCCGGAGCACCGGGAGCAGCCUGCUGCGCGAGGACCGUAGCUGCAUGGAGUGGCUGGACAAGCAGGCCGCGGGGUCCGUGCUGUAUGUGAGCUUCGGGAGCUUGGCAUCCAUGGAUGGUGGCGAGCUCUCGGAGAUCGCGUGGGGUUUGGCCAACAGUGGCCAACCUUUUCUAUGGGUUGUCCGACGGGACCUCGUGCCGGGAUCGGACGGGCCUGGUCUGCCGGAGGGAUUUGAUCGUGCGGUGGAGGGUAGAGGCAAGGUGAUCCCGUGGGCCCCGCAGCAGGAGGUGCUGGCCCACUUUGCAGUGGCUGGAUUCUGGACCCACAACGGCUGGAACUCAACACUGGAGAGCAUCAGUGAGGGUCUCCCGAUGAUAUGCAUGCCUCACUUUGCGGAUCAAAUGAUGAACACAAGAUAUGUGGAGGCAGUGUGGGGUGUAGGGUUUGAGCUCGAGGGCAAGCCAGAGAGAAACAAAAUCGCCAAGGCAAUUCAGAAGCUUAUGAAUGAGAGGGAAGGAGAAGUGGCUAGGGGAAAAGCAAGAGAACUUAAGAAAAAAGUAGGGUCGAGCUUGGAAAAUGGUGGGUCUUCUCUACUAGCUAUAGAUAAGCUUAUCGAGCAUAUAUCGUCUUUGUAA